AGAAGACCGUACUGCUGAGAAGCGCUGUGCCCGGAGCGCGGGCCGCCUGCCGAGCGACUGCCCCAGCCAGCCCGAACCCGGUCCCAGCCCGAGCCCCACCGGAGCCGAGCGGACUCGGUGCUCCAGGUGUCCGCAGCCAUGCUGGUCGGCCGCGCCGCGCGCACCUGUGCGCUGCUCGCCCUCUGCCUCCUGGGCAGUUGGGCCCAGGAUUUCGGGCCGACCCGCUUUAUCUGCACAUCGGUGCCGGUGGACGCCGACAUGUGUGCCGCGUCCGUGGCCGCGGGCGGCGCGGAGGAGCUUCGGAGCAACGUGCUGCCUCGUGAGACCGUGCUGCAGCAGAAGGAGACCAUCCUCAGCCAGAAGGAGACCAUCAGGGAGCUGACCACCAAGCUUGGCCGCUGCGAGAGCCAGAGCACCCUGGACGCAGGUCCUGGCGAGGCCAGGUCGGGAGGCGGCCGCAAGCAGCCUGGCUCGGGCAAGAACACGAUGGGCGACCUGUCCCGGACGCCGGCCGCGGAGACUCUCAGCCAACUCGGGCAAACUUUGCAAUCUCUCAAAACCCGACUGGAGAACCUCGAUCAGUACAGCCGCCUCAAUUCUUCCAGCCAGACCAACAGCCUCAAGGAUCUGCUGCAGAGUAAGAUCGAUGACCUGGAGCGGCAGGUGCUGUCUCGGGUGAACACUCUGGAGGAGGGCAAAGGGGGCCCCAAGAACGACACAGAGGAGAGGGUCAAGAUCGAGAGCGCCUUCACCUCCCUGCAUCAGCGGAUCAGCGAGCUGGAGAAAGGUCAGAAAGACAAUCGCCCCGGAGACAAAUUCCAGCUGACAUUCCCGCUGCGGACCAACUACAUGUACGCCAAGGUGAAGAAGAGCCUGCCGGAGAUGUACGCCUUCACCGUGUGCAUGUGGCUCAAGUCCAGCGCAGCUCCUGGAGUGGGCACGCCCUUCUCUUACGCUGUGCCUGGGCAGGCCAACGAGCUGGUCCUCAUCGAGUGGGGCAACAACCCCAUGGAGAUUCUCAUUAAUGACAAGGUGGCCAAGCUGCCCUUUGUAAUCAAUGACGGCAAGUGGCACCACAUCUGCGUCACCUGGACCACCCGGGAUGGGGUCUGGGAGGCCUAUCAGGAUGGUACCCAGGGUGGCAAUGGAGAGAACCUGGCUCCCUAUCACCCCAUCAAACCACAGGGCGUGCUGGUCCUGGGCCAGGAGCAGGACACUCUAGGCGGAGGGUUUGACGCCACCCAAGCGUUUGUGGGUGAGCUGGCCCAUUUCAACAUCUGGGACCGCAAGCUGACCCCAGGGGAGGUCUACCUGGCCACCUGCAGCAGCAAGGCCCUCUCCGGCAAUGUCAUCGCCUGGACUGAGUCCCAGAUCGAGAUCUUUGGUGGAGCCACCAAGUGGACAUUCGAGGCUUGCCGCCAGAUCAACUGAAGGCUUCAGGCUAGGGCUGAGCCCCCAGCCCCACGCCUGCCCACCUGCUUGUGUGGUGAUGACCCAUCCUCUCUUUUCCCCUCCCCCCAGGAAUGACUCAAGGCCAUGGCCCCUGCACACGCACACUCACUCAGCCUGGUUUGUCCUCUCCGUGCACAUGAAGCCGUCCCGGCUCUUCUUUGGCCCUAAGGACACCCCCAUUCUCUCUCCCUAGGAGCCCUACUAUCUCCCGGGCAUGCCUAGCUAAAGCAGCUUUGAC